UGACCCGUGCAGAAGCGCCGAGUCCUGGCUUUUGCAGCGUUGUGGUUGGUGGUCAGCGGCGUUCUGACUCCGGUUCCCGCGAGCCUUUUCCCCGGUGUCGCUGCUCGCGUCGCGGCCGCCGCCUGCUCUGCGGUAUCAUGGUGUGCUUCCGCCUCUCCCCGGCUCCGGGCUCCGGGCUUUUUCUGCUCUGCCUCGUCCUGGGAGCUGUCUCAUCUUAUGCAUUGGAACUUAAUUUGACCAAUUCGGAAAAAGCCACUUGCCUUUAUGCAAAAUGGCAGAUGAAUUUCACAAUACGCUAUGAGACCACAAACAAAACUUUUAAAACUGUAACCAUUUCAGACCAUGGUACUGCCACAUAUAACGGAAGCUUCUGUGGGGAUGACCACAAUGGUCCCAAAAUCGCUGUGCAGUUUGGAUCCGGUUUUUCCUGGACUGUGAAUUUUACAAAGGAGCUGUCUGCUUAUUCAAUUGACAGCAUCUUCUUUUCCUACAACACUAAUGAUAGCACAACAUUUCCUGAUGCUAAAGAAAAAGAAGUUUUUACUAUUUAUGACCGUGUGACGUUCCCAAUUCCAUUGAAUGACAUCUUUAGAUGCAAUAGUUUAUCAACUAUAGAACAGAAUAAUGUUGUCCAGCACUACUGGGAUGUUCAUGUACAAGCUUUUGUCCAAAACGGCACAGUGAGCACAAAAGAAUUUCUGUGUGAUAAAGAUAAAACUGCAACCACAGUGGUGCCCGUCAUUCCCACCACUGCGCCAGCUCCUACCACAACACCCACUCCAAAGGAAAAACCCGAGGUUGGAUCCUAUGCAGUGAAGAAUAGCAAUGGUACCUGUCUUCUGGCUACCAUGGGGCUGCAACUGAACAUUACUCAAGAUAAGGUUGCUUCAGUUUUUAACAUCAAUCCCAAUACAACAGACGUGACUGGCAGCUGCCACCCUCAAACUGCUCUACUUAGGCUGAAUGGCAGCAACAUCAAGUAUCUUGACUUUGUCUUUGCUGUGAAAAAUGAAAACCGAUUCUAUCUGAAGGAAGUGAGUGUCAGCAUGUACUUGGUUAAUGGCUCUGUUUUCAGCAUUACAAAUAACAACCUCAGCUACUGGGAUGCCCCCCUGGGAAGCUCUUAUAUGUGCAACAAAGAGCAGACUGUUUCAGUGUCUGGAACAUUUCAGAUAAAUACCUUUGAUCUAAGGGUUCAACCUUUCAGUGUGAUGGAAGGAAAGUAUUCUACAGCUCAAGACUGCAGUGCAGAUGACGACAACUUCCUUGUGCCCAUAGCUGUGGGAGCAGCCUUGGCAGGAGUGCUUAUUCUAGUGUUGCUGGCUUACUUUAUUGGUCUCAAGCGCCAUCAUGCUGGAUAUGAGCAGUUUUAGAACCUGCAAUCUGAUUGAUUAUAUAAAAAUACAUGCACAUAACAAGAUUUUCUUGCCUUUCAGUUUUGAAACACUUUGUUCUUUAAGAUGGAUAUAUUGAAACAUUAAUUCAAAUCAGUCCCAGCAUUUUGGGAUAAUUCUUCAUUAAUAAAAACUGUCAAUAGAACAGCUUAAAAUUUUAAAAAAUGUUGUGUUUACUGGUCCUGAAGACAAACUUGUUAAAAAGAACAUCGGUGUGCAAUGUUUUAAGAUCUGUCAUAAGAAGCCUUGGCCAAAUUUUGAUUCUAACCUAAGAUACCUUAAACUUAUUAACAUGGCCAUUAUGAGGAUAAAAUAUGUAGUUGUCUCUUAAUGGAAUUAAUAAAUAUUGUUUCACUACCGGUGUUCUGUUUCAAUGUAUAAGAACUAUCCUGAUUUAAACUCAUCAUAGUGCCUUUGCAUCUAGUUCAUUAAAUAAAUAUUGAUGUGGUCUAAAUGCCCAUCAGCUAUGCUUAAACUUGGUUUUUAGUUGAAUGUCCUCAGGACCAUCAGCAUUUUUUAGCUUACGUGACUUUGGCUGAUUUCUCAAGUUACAAAUAAAUUCAGUAUCUUAGGCUUGUGAUUUUUCCCUAGGUAAAAAACAGACCCAAGAGGCCACAACAGAACUUAAACUGGCUUCAGUUUUAAAAAGUAUUUCUUUUUCAGCAAAAGACUGAAAAGGUUCAAGCAUGUUUAACCAUUUGCCUUUUUUUUUCCCUUAUGUUUUUCUCUUCCUUGGAUGCCUGAUUAGCAUUGAAAGAUAGAAAUAUUCUAUGAACUAAUUAGGAGAGAUUGUGUUGUGUUUCUCUACCUCGUAUUGUUGAUCUCUAGAGCAUUAAAAUCUAUUUAGUGUUGUCAUCAGACUAGUACUUAUGAAAUGUAAGCUAACAGCAAUCUCAGAAGGGAGGCAGUGAAGCGUAGCAACUAGGCUCUUGCUUUUGCCAGGAUGGCCCCUGUGGGGCAGAGCAUAGAUGGGGGUGUAGAGAGAAGCUGUUGGCAUUAAAAUGAACUUGAUAAUCAGCCCCUAUUGAAGCAUGCUCCGUGUUAAAAGUGCAGCACAGAUGUUGACUAUAGAGACAAAUAAGAAGGAAGCUUAAUCAAUAGACUUAAGGAGACUUUCACAUUGAAGUGAUUAUUUUAUUAAUUCAUUCUAUGUAUAUAUUGGCUUGUUCAGAGUUUCUGUAACUCACUGAUUACAGUAUUUUGGUACCCAGAUGUCAGUCUCUGAAAGCUUUCAGUAAAACAGUAAAUAUUUCAAUAAAAGCUAAUGUCAUUACUGAAAUUCAUGAUGUAUACUCAGAACCUUAGCAACUUUUUUUUAAUGAAUGACAAAAUUGCAAGAGGAGGAAAAAAUAAAAUUAGAGUAAAAAAUGCAAGUUAUUAUUCAAUCAUAAAUCACACCAAACAUCACAUUUUGUUAAUUGCAUUAGACUUAUGCUGGAAAGGAGCUUAAAGAUUAUUUACUCUAACCCCAUAAUUUUUACAGAAAGAAGAGUGACUUCACUGCGGUUACAUAUCUAGUGGGCAACAAAACCAUUAUUAGCAUUUUGAUAAAAAUUGUCCCAAUGAAACCUAGUCACUCAGUAGUAAAACUAGUUUAAGCUUGAAACUGUGAGGUCGGAAUUGGGCACUUUGAGUUCCUGCACUAAGUACUACUUCAAUAAAUGACACAUCAUACCAACUUUGUUUGCUUAAGUAUUUUUAAAAGUACUGAAUAUUGGCUUUUUCAGUGGCUCCUAUUUUGAUCUGUUUGCUACUUCAAAACCUGAACCUUGGAUGGGAUCAAAAACAUGGGAGAUAUGCAUCACAUACGUUAGAAAUAAAGUUGUUUUGAAUCCUCAGAUAUCUUAUAAUAUAGGUAUUAUUAUCCCCCUUUUACAGAUGAGGAAAAUGAAGCCCAGUUAAUACCUUGACCAAGGCCCAUUAGCUAGUAAUUGAAAGAGUCAAGAUUCAAAUUCAGUUCUGUCUGAAUCCAGAGCUCAAAAUCGACAUUGCACGUGCACACCGCCUUCCUGGUGGUCCAGUGGAGUGGACUGCAAUGUCCACUGAACUUUGCUAUUAUCUGCCCAGGCCACUAUUCAGCUGAAAAGAAUUAUAUAUAACCUGAUAGCUACCUAAUACUUGUGUGGAAAAAUUAUACUGCAUUUUCUUGAUCCUAAAUCCUUUUUAACUUAAAUUUUAUUUUUAUUACCCAUACAGAAUUAUUUAUAUUUUCAUGAUGGUCGUGGCAGGGGAGAAAGGGAAUGGGGAAAUAUGCAGGCAGUGGUUUUUAAGUGAAGAUGUUAGCCUUUUCCCCCUGGUGCCAUUAGACAAUUCACCAUAAAAUCUUCCCAUAUUAGGCAAGCACAAUUCUGUUUUGGACCCUUUCCCAUUCUUCCCUUACCUUCUGCUUUUUAUACUAAGGAAUUAGGUGUGAUUUGAGAUGAAGUGACAGAUACAGGCAGAUCAGUUGCUUGGAAAUAUUUGGGUGGAUAUAGUGAAAAUAAGAAAAUAGGGGGUAAUGCUCUGAAAGACUAACCUAUGUACACUCUCAAAAUGCUUGUUCCUUGUUUGUUUGUUUCUGCUUAAUUGCAUUCCUUACUAAUUUCCUUUCCUUGCUUUCUGUCUCUUUUCUAACAGCUGAAGAAUGUUCUGCUGACUCUGACCUCAACUUUCUUAUUCCUGUUGCAGUGGGUGUAGCCUUGGGCUUCCUUAUAAUUGUUGUCUUUAUCUCUUAUAUGAUUGGAAGAAGGAAAAGUCGUACUGGUUAUCAGUCUGUGUAAUCAAUUAAAUCUAGUGCUUUUUUUUUUUUUGGCCAUCAAGUUACGUUUCAAUUGGCUAAAAGCCAGGAAAUGCUGUGCAAUCGAUUGUUUAAGAUACACAGAUUAACCUAAGUGAGUUGCUAGCUAGCUUGGGCAUGAGUAGCACUCUUUAAGAAAAAAAAAUGUAUUAGGACCAAUUUCUUCCUUUUUUUUUUCCUAUUUUCUCUUCCUUUGUAAAAGUGUAAUUGAAAGAAAAAUUGUGGCUUAGAAUAUGGUUUUUAGUAAAUAAUGAUUUUAAGCCUCUGGAUGCAAUUAUGAAAGCAUUUCUACUGAAGUAUGAUUUUAUAUGUUGCAGUUUCUUGUAUUUUGCUUCUUUGACAUUAUUUGCAAAAUCAAAGCUGUUAGAGAAUUUACCUUGCUUCAGGAAAUAAGUUCAGGAACACAGUGAAUUCAUUUUCAUUGGUGGCAACCAUAAAAUUUGGUUUGUGAUAAUAUGACUCAGUUUCUCCAUCGCCUAAUCAAGGUGAUUUAAAUCUGUUUUUCUGCUAGUUAAAAAAAAGAAAAGAAAGGGCUUCAUAGUACUGUGUUUAAUAGCAAAAGUCUGGUUAUUUUCAUUACAGUUAGUAGCUACUACAUUUUAACAAUGAUGCUUUUUGUGGGGGGACCUACUGGAGUUUGGAAUAUAUCGAUUAUCACAGAUUUGCCAUUUAUGCUAAGAUCUUCAGCUUUUUUUUAAGGUGUUGACAUAGAAUGGGUUAUGGUCUUUUAGAGUUAUGAUUUAGAGUUUUUUUUUUCUUAGAGCCUUAACUUGUUCAGAAAGUUAAUUCAUCCUCCAGUAAAACAAAACGAAGUGUCUCUGUUUUGUGUGCCUCUUGCACUCUCUCAUCCCCUGUAUGAAUAAGUUUUGACUGAUAUUUUUAAUGUAUUGGUUUCUUUUUUUUUUCUUGCAGCAGCCAAGUGCUAACUCUAGAGGCUAGUGGGCCCUGAAGUGUCAUCAUGAGAUGACUGCCUGGCCAAAGCUGGACCAGGAUUAUUCUGUAAUUUGUUGAUCUUGAUACAGCUUUCUAUCCCUAAAGGGACCUCUAAUGGCUCUGGCUGCUGGAGUAAGGUACUAGAGACCACUCAUCCCAGUGUCUGCUUGAUUGGCUAGGCUAGUGAAUUGUCUUUUGAUUUGGAAGCACAGCGUUGUAUUUCUGUAGUGUCCAAAUGGUUGCUUUGCACACUUGUUAUUAGCAUAAGGCAGAUGUUUGUUUUAUCGAGCUGUUUUAUCUCUAUAUAACUAAAAAACAACAGUUUCCAAAGACCUGCCUUCACUUUUAAAAUGUUCCUUGGAUUAAAAAAUUAAGCUUAAAUCUUAAGUUAGUUAUUAAAUCCAAGGAUUUGGUUCCCAUCUACCUCUCAGCAAAAUUCAGAUGCUCACCACUGUAUUGCUGCCAUUAACUGAUGCCAAAAUUCUUUGGCAAUAAUUGGAAUUGGAAAAUUUUGUUUAAAAAAAAAGAAAAUUCAUCAACAUCUUUCUUUACUGUCUUCAUAUGUGCAUCUCAAAAGCAUAUAUUCCAAACUGGAGUAGGAAGUCAGAUUGCUCAAUGAUGUUUCCCUUAGAACUCUGACUUGCAGACUCAAGCUCUUCUCUAUUUGCUAAGUAUAUAAAGAAUAUUUUCUUUUAAAAUGUUCUCCUUUGAAAACAAUUGCUUAUUUGUUAUUUUGUCAAAAGAUGGCACCAUAAAGAACAGUGGCUUCGUUUCAAUAAAUAUUUUUGAGAUGAUUGUCUAAAAGCCCGAUUAUUUAAAUCAGCUUGUGACCUUGCUAGGUAUGUGGAUUGGAAAGUUCAUAUACAUUCAGAAUUAUGGUUUCAUUUAAAAGUUUUUUCUACCUUUUGGGUAGGAGACUAGUAUAAGUAAUUCUUCAUUAGGUAUCAUGAUUUUUAUCUUAGAUAAUUAGCAAAUGUGUGUUUAACUCUUCUUUGAGAAUUAAGAUGAAAAACACAAAAUAUUAACAGAAGGUUAAAACAAAAGUUGCUUCAACUCCAAUAAAAUAGGAAUCCCAAAAUCUACGAACUGAGUGUUCAGUUAGCUUUGCUCACUGAGUUCAUUUUUAUGUCAGUACAACAAUGGAUCAGAUAGUAGGACUUUGAACUCAUGAAUAUAAAGAAUUGUUUUUCACCCAAGCUUCUUUGGAAGGACUGAUGCUUGCUGCUACCUAAAGUUUUGGAUGUAUCAAUAUAGUGAACUAAUUAAUACCUGCUAAAUAAAGCAUACUGUGGUACUCCUGUUUGAUCUGAUAUGUGUGAUUUUUAGAUUGAUGGAUUAAAAUAUAAUAAAGAUAUAAUCUAUAUCA